GCGAUGAUCUGCGUAUCACGCCCACCACACAACCCACCCACGCAUUGGUUGCAUUGGACAUGUCUACUGCGGCAAAGAUCCCGCGCAACAUCGUCUUUGUGCAUCCCGAUCUUGGUAUUGGCGGAGCAGAGCGACUGGUCAUUGAUGCUGCAGUCGGCCUGCAGGCGCUGGGACACAAAGUCACUAUCCUGACCUCUUACCGCGACCGCAAUCAUUGCUUCGAGGAAGCUCGCGAUGGCACCCUCGAUGUCCGCGUAAGAGGUGACGCUGUCUUUCCGCCCUCGAUAGCAGGACGUCUCAGCAUCCUAUGCACCGUUCUUCGUCAGCUUUCCUUGGUUGCCAGCACCGGAGUGCUAUCUACCGAACUCAAGCAGCUUGAUCCCGACGUCUUCAUCGUCGAUCAACUCAGCGCAUGCAUUCCAUUCUUCCGCUUGCUGUACCCGAAGGCGAAGAUCCUAUUCUACGGCCACUUUCCAGAUCAGCUCCUGGUGAAGCAGGAGGCUGGCGUGAAGCAGACGCUGAAGUCGCUGUACCGAGUGCCCUUCGAUGCCUUCGAAGGCUGGAGCACUAGCUGCGCAGACGGCAUUGUGGUCAACAGCAAGUUCACAAGGAGCGUCUUCAAGUCAACGUUGCCAGGCGUGAAGUCGCGAGAACUUAAAGUAAUCUACCCUUGCGUAGACACCAGCACCUCCUCGCACGACCGCAGCAAUGCAACUAUAUGGCCAGAUAAGCAGCUGCUGCUCAGUAUCAAUCGCUUCGAGGGCAAGAAAAUGCUGGAUCUGGCCAUCAAAGCGUAUGCUGGCCUCUCGUCUCAGGACCGGGCAAAGGCAAAGCUCGUGCUGGCCGGAGGAUACGAUCCGCGCAACGCAGAGAACGCCAACACCCACAAACAUCUCCAGCAUCUCUGUGUGUCGCUCAACCUCACCCACGCGACAUUCCGAAGCAACGACACUGCUUUGACCAAUCUUUCCAGUGAGGACAUGGACGUCUUGUUCCUGCUCUCCAUUCCGAACGACCUCAAGUCCCGGCUCCUGAGUUCAGCAAGCUUACUCAUUUACACCCCUACCAACGAACACUUUGGUAUCGUACCUCUCGAAGCAAUGCUGGCCGGAGUACCCGUGCUGGCAACGAACACCGGUGGCCCCUUGGAAACCAUCUACGACGGGCGCACAGGCUGGCUGAGGAGCCCCGACAAGAUUGAGGAAUGGACCAAAGUUAUGCAAAAGCCACUGAUCCCAUCGAGUGCCGACAAGCUGCGUGCCAUGGGACAAGCCGGUCGUGCACAGGUGCUAUCUCAAUUCAGUAGAACGAAGAUGGCGCAAUCUUUCCACGAUGAAGUAGAGCGCCUUGUGCAGAACAAUGGCCCGCGUCCUCCAAUCGUCGGUCUCGCAUCUUUGCUGGCGAUGAUAUUCGCCUUUGUUAUCGCGGCUUUGGCUGUCGUACUCGCAGUGACGCGCUUUGUGCCCGCAGCGUAGAAUCUGGCGCGAACGUUGAUUUUUCAAGCAACAUGACUUCGUCAGAGCCACAAGACCGGACAUCUUUGCAAUUUGGGAUUCAUCUCCCAAGCCGCUAAGGGGACAGCUGUACGAUGCAGGACAUUUUCGAACAUACUUCGGUGUACUCAGCUCGGAGAACUUGUCUGAUGCCUACAGUCUACAGCCCAAAUCACCGGACACCUUGGCCGUUGGGAUAAAAUCGACCUUGUUGGACAAGAGCACUUGGGUCAAAGCGUCACAUGAUGGCGCAUCACACCAGGAUUGCCGAGUGGCGAUAGUGUCGUCCCAUCUCUCCCUCGACAACUACCGGCUGUCCAAUUUCAGUAUUCAUCUUGAAGGCCAAAUGUCAAGCGCUGCACGUGUCUCGCUGACGAGGUCGUGUUCUAUCAAGUGUCGCAGUACAUGGACAUCGAUCUUCGGUCCUAUGGAAGACGACACGCUUAUUUGGCUGAGCUGCAAUGCAUUGGGACAGCAUCACACAUCCUUUGUCCCGUCAUCAAGGAAGUAUAGUGCAGUGCAGUGCGUCUUGUCUCGCAGGACUCGCCAAACCCGAUAACUUUGCUUAAUGUGUAUCUCGUCAGCUACUGACAUGUCCACGAUUUGGCUGGGCGGUAGAAGGCUUUUCAUUGUAGGUAUUGACAGCUAGCUACCUGAGCUUUUAAUAGACCUUUGAGUCAAGGCUCAGCAGUAAG